GGGAAAGGGCGCAGGGUUUGAAACAUGGCGGACGACGUGGACCAGCAACAAACUACCAACACAGUAGAGGAGCCUCUGGAUCUUAUCCGGCUCAGUCUGGAUGAGCGCAUUUAUGUGAAAAUGCGAAAUGACCGAGAGCUUCGAGGAAGGUUACAUGCCUAUGAUCAGCAUUUAAAUAUGAUAUUGGGAGAUGUGGAAGAAACUGUGACUACUAUAGAAAUUGAUGAAGAAACCUAUGAAGAGAUAUAUAAAUCAACAAAACGGAACAUUCCGAUGCUCUUUGUUCGGGGAGAUGGUGUUGUGUUGGUUGCCCCUCCACUGAGAGUUGGCUGAAACAUUGAAUGCGUCCUGUGUGGAAAUGAAGAGACUUUAUACAACUGCUUCUUUAAGACAGAAUAUAUUCAAAAGAGAAACUUGUGUAAAAUUAGAUAUUCAGAAAUGACCAAGGAUUCUUCCACUCUUGAAAUGAGUUGAUUUGCAAGCUCAUAGGCUAAGUGACAGUUUUAUUUUUCUCCAGCCCUUCCAAUAA